UUUCUGGGAUUCAGAAAGAGCCAAGAGAGCAAUCAGUCCUCAGCUGUUCUUUUCAGCUCUCCCAGAUGUACUUGGAGGCUUCCUCUGUCCCUUGAAUCAUGGAAAGAAGCAAGAUUACCCCAGAGGUCCUUCUUCAGUUGCUGCUGCUGCUUCUAUGGGUUUCAUAUGAGAGGGGCUCCCUUGGAGAAGAAGUCUAUGAAGAAGAGCACAGAGUGGCUGGGGAGACACUCACAGUAAGCUGCCAGUAUACACCUCAGAAACCUGAUCAUCUGGACAAAGCCUGGUGUAAAAAGAUAGUCAACACAACUAGAUGUACUUUGUUAAUCACAAGGCCACAAUCUUGGUCAAAGACUAAAGACCCACGCUACUCCCUCAGUUAUAACACUAGUGUCAUGGUGGUCAACAUGUCUGGCCUCCAGGUGGAAGACUCUGGGGAAUAUUGGUGUGGAAACCACAAUUCUAGUGCAAAUAUUAUUAAUGUUCUCAAGAAAGUUCACCUAAUGGUAGCUGCAGCCCCAAUGCAGAGAACAACCCAGCAGAAAUUAACUACCAUGACAGAAGCUAUUGCCAUCACCUCUACCACCAAAAGGCCCCAGUUCAACAUAACUGAUAUGACGUACACAGAUGUCCAACUACCAGAAAAUUCUACUUCUAGAAGUCAGGUUGUGGAUCAUGUAGGCUCUGGGGACCUGAGGUCCCCAAACUGUCUCCUCCUCCUUGUGGUGCUUGGCCUCCUCCUGAUAAAAGGUCUGGCCUUCUUAGUCCUUGUUCUCCUGUUCAGGUCCAGGAGUCAGAGUAAUGGGGACACUGGAAAAGUAGAAGAGUUGAACAAAUUGGAGCUAUCUGAGAUAUCCCCCUACCUAUCCUCUUAUUGAUGGAGGGUCCUGAUGCCACUAGUUCAGCCCAGGGUACUAAGUAUAGAGAUUUCAUACUUCACCAAGUUCUCAAGUACCAAAUACAUCACCAGAUGCUGGAGCCAGGUGUGCUGGUAAAUAUUUAACAACCCACUCUCUGAAAACCCAUGCUGGGUUUUAAUCUUUAAAGUUUAAUCUUCAUUAUUAGUAUUAUCUCCAACACUGUGUUAAGUCUUGACAAUCAACAAAACAAUAAAUCCAGUCAUUAUCUGUA